AUGCUGUAUUCGGUCACCGUGGGACUCCGAGACGAUGAUGCGGCCGAAUGGGCUUCCUCGACCCGCUCUCACACGCUUGCAACAGCCUCACCCAGCCUGACACCGCUCUCUGACUCUGCCAAUCACCCACUCGAGCACUCCCACUCAGCCAGCGAAACCACCCAGCCUUUGAACCGCACCAUGUCGUCGCCUGGACAACUCGCAGGCGACCAGGUCUACCUCGGCACCUACCUCCUCGACCGCCUCGCCCAGCUCGACGUAAAGUGCCUCUUCGGCGUCCCAGGAGACUUCAACCUCACCUUCCUCGACCUCGUCGAAGAGCACCCCGAAGUCCAGUGGAUCGGCAACUGCAACGAGCUCAACGCAGCCUACGCAGCGGACGGAUACGCGCGCGUCAAGCAGGCGCAGAUCAACUCGAUUCGCGAGGGCGAGCAGGCAGGGUCCAAGCCCGGUCAUGCGACGACGCAUGGAGGGAAGGACAAAACGCAGGGUGGCGUGAGGGGAUUGGGCGCGCUGUUGACGACGUUUGGCGUGGGAGAGUUGUCGGCCGUCAACGGAAUCGCCGGCGCCUACUCCGAGCGCGUCCCGAUCCUGCACAUCGUCGGCGUCCCCUCGACCAAGCUUCAAAAGUCCAAAGCCCUCCUGCACCACACCCUCGGCAACGGCGAGUUCACCGUCUUCGAGCAAGCCUCGGCGGGCAUCACUUGCGCCCGAGCGUUCCUCCAGCGCGCCGAGGAAGCGGCGCAGGAGAUCGACCGCGUCCUCCUUGCUGCGCUUACCACCGCUCGUCCGGCUUAUGUCACCCUCCCGACGGACUUGGUCUUCGUCCCAGUCCCGAAGAAGCGCCUCGAAGACCCGAUCAUCCCGAUGCGCGUCGGGUUCGAGGACAAGAACGUCUUGCCGACGGGCAAGAAGGUCGAGGAGGAGGAGAAGAACAGGUUGCAGUUUGUCGUCGGCGAGAUUGAGCGCUUGUGGAACGACGCAAAGGAGCCUAUCAUCCUUAUCGACGCCUGCGCGAUCCGCUACGGAGUCGGCCACCUCGUUCGCGACCUCGUCCAUGCUACGGGCGUCAAGUUCUACACGACUCCCAUGGGUCGCACAGCAAUCGACGAAGACCCCUCGAACGGCUUCGGAGGCGUCUACGUUGGCGAGGUCACGGACCCGAAGGUCAAGGAGGUUGUUGAGAAGACCGAUCUGGCCCUCAUGGUCGGCUCGCUCAAGUCCGACUUCAACACGGGCGAAUUCUCCUACUCGUUCCCGACCGAACAAACCGUCGAACUCCACUCGGACCACACCCUCGUCCAAUACGCGCACUACCCCUCCAUCUCAUUCCACCAGCUCCUCCCCGCGCUCACCAAAGUCCUCAAACACAAACCGCACGUCACGCACCCUCCGUCGGAUCGUGGCUUGCAGACGCAGAUUCCGGAUGGAGAUGCGGACAAGGUUGUGAGUCAGGCGGCGUUCUGGCCGAUGAUGGGCAAAUUCUUCGAGGAGGGCGACAUCGUCGUCGCCGAGACGGGAACGUCGUCGUUCGGCAUGAUCUCGACGCCGCUGCCAAAGGGGUCGACCUUCGUCUCUCAGGUCCUCUGGGGCUCGAUCGGCUGGACAGGCGGCGCGACCCUCGGCGCGCUCCUCGCAGCCAAAGAGGCGCCCAAACCUCGCCGCGUCAUCCUCUUCAUCGGCGAUGGGUCGCUCCAGCUCACGGUGCAGGAGGUCGCGACGAUGGUCAGGUUGGACUUGAAGCCGAUUUUGGUCGUGCUCAAUAACGAUGGUUACACCAUCGAGAAGAAGAUCCACGGCGAGACAGCCGGCUACAACGACAUCUCGUCCUGGAACUGGCAGUCCAUGCUCGACUUCUUCAAUGCCUACGACCAGCCGAAACCGACCCGCUCGUGGCUCGCCCCGACCCGCCGCGAGUUGGAGCGCAUCCUCGCCGACGACGAGUUCCGCAAGGCCGACAGGAUCCAGGUGUUGGAGGUCAAGAUGGAUAAGCUUGAUGCGCCGGUUGCGCUUGAGAAGCAGGGCAAGCUGAGUGCCGAGUUGAAUGCGGCGUGA